AUGGAGCCGGGGUUCAGCCUCGGUUCCUCUACCCACAACAACACGGAUGGCGACCGGCAAACAAACACCACCGCACCCACACGAACCAUCUUCGAUGACAGUGACGAUGAAGCGGAGACAGGGCCGGAGCACUCCACCAUGAACAUGUUUCUUCCCAUCGACAUGAAUAGUGCACGCACAGAACACCGUCACGGUGGACAAGAAGCUGCCCGCGGCGGCGACGACAGUGGUGGCGAGGAUGACGAGGAUGAUGACGGCGACUUUGACGAUGACACCUUCAACGACGACACCUUCAAUGACGACUUGGACUCGGUUGGAGAAGCUGCAUCGACGCUUCCAGUGGUUGGGCCAUACACCAUGAACAUGUACUCCAAGCAGCCACCACAACCUACGCACAGCGCCCCAGGUGUGGUCCAACUGCCUGUCCCAACGCCAGUCACGCCUCAACGGAACCAAGCACAGCCUCAACAACAGCCAUUGCCUGCCUCGUCUGCUCAGCAGCGAGACAACAAGCCAGGCUUGGGCGCACCAAUGGAAGAUGCCAUUCAGGCGCGCGUGCGCCAGGUGUGCGAUUCGUUGGAUGUGCCCAAGACCGCGGCCGUGCACACGCUUGCCCUCAACAUGGUGUACCAGGAAGCACUGCGUGCGCAGCUUGCACAGAUUCGAGCAACGCAGCAGCGCCUUCGCCGGGAGCAAGCAAGACUGGAUGCUGCAGAGUUGGCCGCGGCAGAGAACAGCGCACCCGGCAGCACACGCACUGACGACCCGGGCGUGGCCACCUCGCUCGACACAGCCGUGGCGUGGAAACCGCCGCCAAUCCUCGGACGCUCACUCCCACACAGGGAGCCUCUGGGCAAGGGCGAUGGCGCUGGUGGCAGCCAGCACAAGUUGGGGGAGCCGCAGCACGUAAGCGGUGGCGAUGGUGGUGACGAUGCUCAUGAUAACACUGGCUUUGAGGACGAAGACGAAGAAGAGGAGGAGGAAGCAGAAGCAGAGGAGCCUGUGUGGGAAAGGUCACACGGACCACAGCCACAGAAUAGCAUGGAGUGGCGUGCUGUUGGCGGUCGCCGUGGCAAGGGCUUCUUCUAUGGCGAGCGAUAUGCCCCAAGCCGCUACCGCCACCUGUCAUACUUCCAUGUGUCCAGCAGCUCAGCACGCCCGCCGGCACAUCCGCUGCAGGCACGUGCGCGUGCACAACAGGACCGCUUUUCUGCAUUGCACCGUGACCUGCCGUGGAGCAAGGAGGAGCUCAAGACGUUGCGCAAGGCCGUGCUCUCUGAAGCCAAGCACAUUGCACGCUCACGCGUCCUUGCCGACCCAAGUUAUGCGUUUAUGCGACAGGUGAAGCGGCGCGAUUACUCGCAGGAGCAGCUGGCCCUGGCCGCAAAGCAGUCUGAGCAGAUGCGCAAGCUUGAGAAGCAGUCCAUUGCGGCGUUGGUGGCGGACAUUGACGAGCAGCGCGACAUCAGCUGGGAGCGCAUCGCUGUGCAGCUGGAAAACCGGACAGCACCGGACUGCCGGUCCCGCUGGUUGCAUCAUGAGUCCCCAAAACGCAGGCGCGUGGCGUGGACCAGGCAGGACGACAAAGCGCUUGUGCUGCACAUGCACAACAACCCGAGCCAGCCAUGGCGGGAGGUGGCUGAGCACUUCCCCUCGCGCCAGCCGGUGGACUGCUUCGUGCGCUACCAGCGCAGCCUCAACAACGCCAUGCAGCGCCAGGCGUGGACCAAGCAGGAGGUGUGCCGAGUGGGGAUUCGGCGCGGGCGGUGGACGUCCGAGGAGGACGAGCAGCUGCGCACGGGACUCCAGCUCUACGGCAGGCAGUGGACAAAGGUGCAACGGCUUGUUCCCGGCCGGACGGACGUGCAGUGCCGUGAGCGCUACUGCAACAUCCUCAAGUUCUCUGGCGUGGGCGCAUGGACAGAGGCGGAAGACGGCGCCUUGCUGUCGCUGGUGGCGGAGCUUGGGCCCAAGUGGAGCCGCAUCGCCAAAGCGCUCGUGGCGAAGGGGUUCAAGCGGACGGACAACAUGUGUUUGCGGCGGUUUGCGCUGCUGCGGCCCGAGGAAUACAGGGACCACCUACAUGAGCACCGCGCGAAGCGUGCUCGGGUGAUGACCAACUUCAGCGGGGGCAUCCAUCGCCGCGUCUCCAAGAACUCCCUCACCGCCACAGACCUCGCCGAGAUUGACGUGACCAUUGGAUCGUCUGCGUUUGACAAACGGCUGGAGCGCUGGAUCAAAGCAAAAGAGCAGCGGCAGCAGGAAGAACAAGAACAAGAAGGACACGGAGAUGAACAAGGAAAUGAACAAGGAGGAGACCAGCAACAGCAACAAGACCAGCAACAACAACAAGAAGAGCAGCAAGAGCAAGAGCAACCGCAACAAGAAGAAGAGCAACCGCAACAACAAGAAGAGCAACAACCACAGCAGCCACAGCGACGAAGCCAGAGACAACGACGACAGCGUGCUGCCAACACCACCGGCAGCAGCAGUUAACAUCGCGCCACACCACGACACCAGACCUCCUCCUCGCAUGAAUGCAGUCUUCGCAUGAUGUAUUAGCCGUUCACAUUGUGGCUUUGGAUAACAGAGCAGGUUGUAACAGACUUGACACGACAGGUGUCGUGUCGUGAUGAUAACACAAAUCAAAGCAACGGAUAAAUUAUUACCGAAACAGCAA